GCUGGUAGCCAAAAGCAAACUAACAAACAAGCAAAAAAAUUCCUUCGCAGCGGGUGAGCAACUGCUACUUCCAUACACAUCACAACGGCAACCCUCCAAAAAACCUACUAGUGCUCCAGAAUCUCCCCGAAUAAGAAAAUGAGCGAUGCCGGAGAUGAUCUGCUGCCGAGCAGGCGCUUUCGCAGUGUCAGCGAUGACAACGAGCUGUCGCCCGGUCUCAUUAUCCGCCUCAAGUACGCUCUGUACCUCUUCGUAUGUCUAUUGAUCUCAAUGAUGAUUAAAAGCCUCAUGAGCUCUCUCUUUGAGCACGUCAGUUUCUUGGAAAAAGGCUGUGCGAUGACGGACAACGGCGUGGUGCAGGCCGCCUGCGGGGCUGAAAUGCUCGUCUACCGCAUCAGCUUCUCCCUCGUGCUCUUUUUCCUGGUGCACUGGAUUUCCGUGUCGGACCUCACAUGCUGCCUCCGCAGCAAAGACCGCGCGGACUUGCAGAAGGAGUUCUUCACCGUCAAGACUGUCUUACUCGUGCUUGUCUUUGUCGUGACGCUCUUCAUCCCGAACGGGUUCUUCACUGUGUACGCCUACGUCUGUCUCAUCUGUUCUGCGCUCUACCUCCUGAUGAACGUGGUGUUUCUUGUGGACUUCUCCUACCAGUGGAGCGACGACUGGGGCGAGCGGGCGGACCAGAACAGCAAGUGGAUGUGGUACCUGCUCGCCAUCGCCGUCGGCAGCCUCGUCUUGGCGAUUGCGGCCAUCGUCGCGUCCUUCGUUAUCUACGUCCCGCACUCCGACUGCAACUACAACGCCUGCGCCAUCACCACCGUCAUUGUGGGCGCGUUUGUGUACCUCAUCCUGUCCAUCUACGUCCCCCACGGCUCCAUCGUGCCGAGCAGCAUAGUCUUUCUGUAUACGAGCUGCAUCCUCUUCUUCACGCUACGCACGACGCAGAACGAGCACUGCAACCGCAUGGCGAACCACCCCACGAGCACCACCUACGCCCUGCUGCAGGGCGUGGUGACGAUGGCGCUGACCUGCUUCACGCUGCUCUACAGCGUCGUCGCGGCGGGUGGGAGCGGGUCCUCGCUCAACGUUGGCCAGAACGAGAACGGCGACGAGGAGGACGCCGAUGAGUCGGGGCACCUCUCGCACUACAUGUUCUUCUACGGCAUCAUGAUCUUCGGCUCCAUGUAUUUGGCGAUGCUCGGUAGCAACUGGCACGUCAGCGGCGGUGGCGAAAACGCGCUGGCGAAGAGCGUCAACUUGGCCUUUUGGGUGCGCCUGUCGACGGUGUGGGUGGCUAUUUUCUUGUACAUCUGGUCUCUGGUGGCGCCGUACACGUGCUGCAAGGGCCGCGACUUUGGCUUCGCCGUGGACGACGACUGGGUGUAA